CAAAAACCUGCAGUUCAGUUUAGAUAGAGAGAGAGAAGAAAAAUGGCGCUGGGUUCGUAUUGCGUGAAGGAGCAGAAGCCGUGCGUGGGAUGGGCCGACACGUAUUUCAAGGACUGCCUCUGCAAUCUCAGAGACGACAUGUCGUUCGCGUUCGGCUUCAUCAGUUUGCUCUGUUGGGGCCUCGCCGAGAUCCCUCAGAUCGUCACCAACUUCCGUACCAAGUCCAGCCACGGCGUCUCCCUCCUCUUCCUCCUCACCUGGGUCGCCGGCGAUGCGUUUAAUCUCGUGGGCUGCCUUCUGGAACCGGCCACGCUCCCCACUCAGCUCUACACAGCACUCCUUUACACAGUGAGUACUAUAGUUUUGGUACUGCAAAGUCUGUAUUAUGAUUACGUCUAUCGAUUAUGCAGCGACAGGAAGAGGAAAUCUGAUCAAACGGGGGAAGAGGAAAAGACGCCGUUGAAGCCGAAAGCGGUAAGCUACGCCGGUAUUCCGAUUCCGAAAGCUUCUCCGAAGGCCACUCCUCGCCGGGAAUUCUACUACACGUCAGCGAGAUCGCUGGCCGGGAGCGAUACGCCGCCGUUUCGGGCGUUUCUCCGGCUACCGAAAAGUGGGCCGUCGGCUCUCGGCAACGACAGCUCAUCUUCCGACGAUGAAUCGGAUUCCGCCGCCUCCACUAUCUCCCGGCCCAGGCCCAUCCCUCGAUCGGUCGGUUAUGGGACAUUUUUAGCAGCUUCAGCAAAUCUGCCAUUCCAAAGCAAGGGCUUCCCAGAUGGAUUUAGAGGAAGAAAACUUUUACAAGAACAUGGAAUUAGUCAUAGUGGUUUUGGGCAAUUAUUGGGUUGGCUUAUGGCUGCUAUUUACAUGGGUGGUAGACUCCCUCAAAUUUGGUUAAAUAUCAAAAGAGGGAGUGUAGAGGGGCUGAAUCCUCUGAUGUUUGUAUUUGCUUUGGUUGCCAAUGCCACUUAUGUUGCAAGUAUUCUCGUGAGAAGCACAGAUUGGGGGAAAAUCAAAGCCAACAUGCCAUGGCUACUCGAUGCUGUUGUUUGCGUCCUCCUAGACUUAUUCAUAAUUUUGCAAUACAUUUAUUACAGAAGGUUCAGAAAGAAGAGGCAAAGUGGAGGAAGAGACUGCAAAAACUAUGAAGAAGCAACAAAACAUGCAACCUUGUGACCUUAUUAUUAACAAACCCUUCUCUUCUGUUCUCAAUUACUUGCCUUUAAUCAGAAGGCGAAAUGACCCUUUUGCCCUCCUCACUCAGUGCUGAAUCAAAGUGGCAGCUGCUAGUGGAAGAUUGUCAAAAGUGCUUUGUGAAAAAUUAAAUUUCACACCCACCAAAAAUCAUCUCUUCAACUUGUGUGUGCCAAAUGCAGUGAGUUUUUUCAAAAGUUGAAUAUUAUUUACUUCUUAUUUCCUUGAAGAAUUCUAGGCUUGUUUUAAAGUUCAAUUCCUUAAAGGGUGUUCAUAGAGUUUAAGUUUUUGUAGUUUGAAGUUGAAUUGCGAAUAGUGAAAUCCGAGUCCGAGUUGUGAGACAAUGUACGUGUUUGAGAAUGAGAUAGUCCUUUUUUUGUCUUUUGUUUUUUACAACAUGUGGGGUUGUAGAUUCGAAUUCACGAUUUUUUAGUCGGAGAUUGGUAUCUUGACCAGUUGAACUAGACUCGUGUCGACAAAAAUGAGAUGUUAUU